AUGGGAUCGUCCAACUGGUUCUCCCGCCUCUUGGGCUUGGACAGACACCCCAGACACCACCACGACUUCCACGCAGACUGGAUCCGAGACGACCGUAGACGACUCCUCCCGCAGUACCGAACCGAGCACCUCCAGUCUGCGAUCCCUGCCCCCGAAGUAACGAAGAUCGCGCUGAAGCUCCGUCAUCUGAUCGAGCUGGCCGUUCCAUGCGAGCUGGAUGAGGAGGAAAUCACACAGGCACACAGUAAAAUCAUCACCAACAAGGUCAUCAAAGCUGCCAAGGAGGCUGGUGGCUCUCACUAUGGAUCAUGCGUGGUCUUCUGCCUUGUCGUCUGUAAAAGAUGGUUCAAGCACCAGGCCUUGGUCGAGCUCUGGGACGCCGACAUGCAUCGGGUUCGUGCCAUCGCAUGUGAGGUAAUCGCGAAGCAGAUCAUCGAGACAGAAGACGACUUCAACUACCUCAUGCACUCCGUCCUCCUCCGCCGAUACUCCAUCGUUGUUGACGGUGAAGCAACUCCCCCCGCCAACGUCGUCGAAAAAGCCGUCGAUCUCCACGCCGUCAGGGUUAUCGGUUCCUCGGGAUACCAAAAAUGCAUCCAAUACCUCUGGAAGGGCUGGCUUGUCCAGGAUGAGGAUGAUCCGUCAGUGUUCGUCGACUACAAGGACAGGGAUAACACCAGCUUCUACGUACACAUGGACCCCGAUCGCAUUCGUGCUCCCAUGUACCAGAACGCUACCCAGGUCAUCAUCUCCUUCGUUUACAUCGGUCUCUAUACCGCCGUCAUUAACUCCGUCAAUCCUUCCGGUGUCUUCGAUACGGCAGAGGUCCUGAUGUACAUCUUUACUCUUGGAUUCAUCUGCGAAGAGCUCACCAAGUUCUGGAAGGCUGGCUACCACAUCCUCGGGUUCUGGAACGCGUUCAACGGUGUACUCUACAGCUUCAUCACUCUAUCAUUCAUCCUUCGCAUCAUUGGCCUGACGCACCAGGAGGGUGAUGACACCCGUGAGUUCUACAGCAAGAUGAGCUACAACUUCCUGGCAUUUAGUGCGCCCAUGAUUUGGUCGCGUUUAUUGCUGUACCUCGAUAGUUUCCGCUUCUUCGGAGCCAUGCUUGUGGUGCUCAAGGUCAUGAUGAAGGAGUCUAUCAUCUUCUUUGCGUUGUUGAUCGUGUUGGUUAUCGGAUUCCUCCAGGCCUUCAUUGGUCUUGACUUCGCAGACGAUUGGGUGGCGGAUGACAUCUGGUUUAUCCUCCAGGCUAUGGCAAAUGCAGUCAUGCAGAGCCCCGACUUUGACGGCUUCGACAAAUUCUCGCCGCCAUUCGGAAUCAUUCUGUACUACUGCUUCACGUUUAUCAUCAUGGUCGUCCUGCUCAACAUCCUCAUCGCGCUCUACAACUCCGCAUAUGAGGACAUCUACGGCAACGCCAACGACGAGUACCUCGCCCUCUUCGCCCAGAAGACGAUGCAGUUCGUCCGCGCCCCCGACGAAAACGUGUACAUCCCGCCGUUCAACCUGCUCGAGGUCAUCGUCAUCUGCCUCUUCUGGUGGAUGGAGAAGAGCAAGUUCGAGCGCAUGAGCGACGUCAUCAUGGGCAUUAUCUACUCGCCGGUCCUGGUCAUCGCAGCCUGGCACGAGACCCGAACUGCCGGCGAGAUCCGAAGCAACCGUGCUAGGGGCGAGGAGGACGACGACACGGUCGAGGAGUGGGAGCAGAUGAUGGACCAGGUCGACUUCGAGUCCGACGGAUGGAACAAGCUGUGCAUGAGCGCGAAGACGAACCUCGAGGCCGAUCCCACGAUUACCGAGGUUCAGAACCUGCGCCACGAGGUCGAGGAGCUGAAGAAGUUGCUUGUCGAUAUCUCGAAGGCUGUGUCUGCUGGAAAUGCGGGCAACGGUCAAGCCUCCAACUUGAUUGACCUUGAGGGUCCGUCUCAGUCGCAGAGCAAGAAGAAGAAGAAGGCGAAGAAGAACAAGAAGGAGAAGAAGACUGGCGACGAUGGAAACGCAUCGAAGUCUUCGAGCUCCAGCGAUGAAGAGUGA